AUGAAGUGGAAGGAAAUGCAUCGGAACGAGAAUGAUGGAGAAGCGCCCGAAGAAAAUCUUGAUGGAUAUGAUGAAGAGAGUGAUGAAGAUUCCGAUAGCGACGAUUCGGAUUCAAGUGAUGAUGUAUAUGGUACUUCAUCAUACUGUUAUCGGAAAAGGCAAGCCCCUCGUGUAAUAAAGACAAGUGAUCUUCUUCCCAGAAUGAACAUGGAACAUGAACAACCUACUGCUUCUACUUCUGAAACUCCGUCCACCUCCAAAGCGAAAAUAAUUACAAUGAGUGAAUCCAGCGCUGAAACUACCGAAACGAGUCCAGUGCUGGACAACGUUGAACAGGACGAUCAGCCACGUACUUCCAAAGACAGCGAAGCUCCAGCACUAAAUAGCUUCGACCAGGAGGACCAAACAUGUGUUUCCAAAGACAUUAGCGAUGGUGAUGUUGAUGGCCUCAAGAUAAAAUCUAACUCAUCUAGGUCUGACCCGGCGCCUGUUCGGAAACGAGCUUUUGAGAAAGCAAGACCCAACAUUAAACUGAAACAGUCCAGGACUACUAGUCAUAUUGCAGAAGAAACAACUUCGAUAGCGGCAUCGAACUCAUCCGAAGUCGAACAUGAAGUCCCUGCAGCAAAUAGGGAAGAGGAAAUGGACACCAUGGCAAAUGAACCGGAUAAUGUCGUAACAGAUGAUCCAGACCCUCAAACAGAAGGUUGGUUUCUUCGCAUAUUGAUUCAUUAA